AUGGCGGCUGUUGCGGGCAUGCGGACGGUGGCGACGACGGUGGGCAAGGCAGCGACGGGCAAGGUGGCGGCGGCAGACAAGGCGGUGCCCGAGGUGUACGAGCUGCGGACGUACGCUAUCCAGCCGGCGCACUUUCCGGCAUUUAUGAAGCUGACGGGCGAGAAGAUCGGCCUGCGAACGGCGGUCUCGCCGCUGCUGAUGUACGGGGCGACCGAGAUCGGCGGCGCCAACGAGGUGGUGCAUCUGUGGAAGUACCCGAGCCUGGCGGAGCGGCAAGGUGUGCGCGUGGCGCUGGCGGGCGCGGCCGAGUGGAACGCCGACUACAUGGACGUCAUGCGGCCGAUGCUUGCCGGGCAGACGAACCUGACGCUCUCGCCGCCGGGCUGGGCCGGGCCGACCGCCGAACCUGUGGCUGGCGAGCCAGCCGGCGCUGUCUACGAGCUGCGCAUUCGCUCGUUGCAGUGCGGCAUGGCCGAUGCCUGGUCCGAGCUCCUCCGUGAGGCUCUGCCCUCGCACCCGGCCGGCGACGCACUGUGGGCAAACCUCAUGGCCACAGUCGGCCCGCACGGCGAGUCUGCGGCUGUCGAGAUCUGGCGUUUCGACUCGUUUGAGGCCCGCGACGACGUCCUGGCCUGCCUCGGCCAGCCGGGCGUCAUGCCGCCGUCGGACGAGGCCACCGCCUGGCACAAUGCUAUGGAGGACUCGUUCCUCUACGUUGAGCACGAGGCAACCAAGCUCAUUCUGCCGGCGCCGUUCUCGCCGUCCCAGUAG